GUCCUUCUCUCACUCUCUUUCUCUCUCUGCUUGCUGGCCAGAGCGCCCAACCUCGAAGACCACGCGGCGGGCUCCAACGUCCCAGGCGCUCUCUUGCUCACUCGGCGCUGAGACGACCGAUUCUUCACACCAACUCUCCCAACCUUCGUCCGCUUACUUUCCCCGCCCCUCAACCUGGCAGGAAGCAAGAGGCGCAGUCUCUCCUCUCAGGGAGGUCUGCUGAAUAGGAUGUUCGGUGUCAGUUCCAGCUCUGCUGGCUCGAAGUCCGAGGCGAAUUCCAACUCCGAUUCGGCCGGCGCCACCCAGAAGGGUAAGGCUGCCAACAAGUCUCCGUCCCCGGACAAAGAUGCCGGCGCCGCCGACCCCUCCUCCCCGUCCCCGGCCAAGUCCUCGGAGCAAGCCACGAGCGGCGAGAAGCGAAGCGGAAAUGGCAGCCCUCCGAGCGCCGGAAGCUCGGCCGAGCAACAGAAGAAACGGCGGAGCAGCGGGGUGAGCGCCAAAGCCAGCAACUUAAUAGCCCAAGCCAAAAACACCAUUUUCACCCAAGCUGGGGGCCGUACCAACAGCGAUCUGGCUGCUGACUCCAAGCCGUCUGACCAGACUCCGCUGCGGAAACUCGGCAAGCAGGACCAGGCUCUUUCCGUGUCCCAGGGUCAGCACAACAAUGCCGCUGGCGAGUCGCUUCCUGGCCCCCGAUCGACCUUCCGUGUUGGCGUCUGGGAAGACCGGAAUAAGAAGUGCAGGCGUACCAUGGAGGACACUCAUGCCUUCUUGUACAACUUCUUGCACACACCAGCGCCCGCGCUUGGCUCGGAGAGCGGUGGCCAGAACGAACCCAAAUCGAUUGCUGAGGGGGGCGAAGGGCAGGGCGAUGACCCCCCCGAGCGAGACAUGAUGGAGACCGACAACGGGUAUUUCGCCAUUUUCGACGGACACGCCGGCACUUUCGCAGCGGAGUGGUGCGGAAAGCAGCUACACUUGAUUUUGGAGGAGAUCAUCAGGAAGAACCCGAAUGCUCCCAUACCGGAGCUCCUCGAUCAGUCCUUCAUCGCGGCCGAUGCGCAGUUGGAAAAGCUCCCUCUCAAGAACAGCGGUUGCACAGCUGCCAUCGCGGUGCUGCGCUGGGAGGACCGUGUGCCCAGCAGCUUGUCCGCCACGGGGUCGCAGGCCAUCGCGCCGGCGCUCGCCAAGGCGGCUGAGGAGGCGUCCAGGUCGGAGGAAUCGUCCGCAUCGCUGGCUGGCUCCGACUCUGCUCAUGCAAGGCUAAAGAGCGCAGCGACUAGGCAGCGCGUGCUCUACACCGCAAACGUCGGAGACGCCAGGAUCAUUCUCUGUCGCCAGGGCAAGGCGCUUCGUCUGUCGUACGAUCACAAGGGCAGUGACGAGAACGAAGCGAAGCGCAUCGCCAACGCGGGGGGUUUGAUGCUGAGAGACCGCGUCAAUGGCGUGCUUGCCGUCACCCGCGCCCUCGGUGACUCGUAUAUGAAGGACCUUAUUACCGGGCAUCCCUACACGACCGAGACGGUCAUCCAACCGGACCUGGACGAGUUUAUCAUCAUCGCCUGCGAUGGACUUUGGGAUGUCUGCUCAGACCAGGACGCAGUCGACCUCGUCCGAAACAUUCAGGAUCCGGUGGCGGCCGCCAAGCUCCUCGUGGACCACGCGCUCUCCCGCUUCAGCACCGACAACCUGUCCUGCAUGAUCGUCCGGUUCGACCAGCAAGCCCUGCUCGAGAGCCAGAACAACCGGGACAAGGCGAUCGGCGUCGAAGGCGACGCCGCCGAGACCGGCACCUCGGCGGUGGGCGUCUCCGCGAGCAACAGCGGCAAGGGCCAAGAUGCCGCCGCGGCCGAGCCCGACAACAACGCGGACAAGGGGUUCGUCCCAACCGUGAUCGAGGGUCCCGUCGAGGAGGAGCCGGCCUCAAUCGAGGACUCAGAGUCGCCGGAGGUGUCGUCGCCGGUGGAGAGAAUGCAGGUGGGCUAGUCGAAGGAGCCUCUGGGCAAGGACCCGACACGGCCGAGUGCGUAGAGCCGCUCGAAGCGGUGGCGGAGGCCGCGUUCCUGUUGUCGUUCGUCUUGAGCAGCUCUCUCCCGUGGGAAGGAUCGAGUAGGCUGGCAAGCAGGGUUGUUAAAGGGUGAGGGAUUGGUAUUUCCUCCUUUGCGUCCGGGAACUUCAUGUGAGGACUGUGUCUUGAGG